GAUUCAGAGAUGGAUGUCUUCUUUGAAAUCCCUAAAGGGAAGAGAUUCACCAUUGAAGUGGGUUAUUUCGAUACAGUACUGGAGAUGAAAGAAAAGAUCCAUAAAUACGAAGGUAUUCCAAUCUCUCGACAAAUCCUAGUUUUUAAUGGUCAAGUCAUGGCUGACGAGCAUGACACUGAAUACUAUGAAGUCUUACAUCGCUCUCGUAUCCAACUCAUUCUAGAACCCGAACCUCCUGCUUCAAAUAAACCACCAGCAUCUUCAGCUUCUGUGGUGAAAUUGGAAGAGUCAUCAUCAACUUCAUCUUCUCCACCAAGAAAACUUCAAAUCCUAGUUAAGAAUUCCAAGAGACAGUUUCCUGUUUCUAUGGAUCCGACGGAUACAGUUUUAAGGUUGAAGGAGAAGGUGAAUGAGUUAGAAGGACUUUCUCUCAAUCGAUUCAAUUUAUCUUUCAUGGGUGUUGAUUUGAUGGAAGAUCGAUCUCUUAGAGAUUAUGCGAUAUCUGACCACGCCGAGGUUAAUGUCAUUAAGUCAUUAUCUUCUCUUGUUACGUCUACACCAUCUACUUCUGCUGGUGCGGCGAAACUGAAGUUAACGGUGUUGCUGAAAGGAGGAACCAAAAUUCCUGUUGAAGUGAAUGCAUCUGACAAUGUUGGGGAAUUGAAGAAGGAACUUCAGAAGCUGCAUAAGCAACAUAGUCAUCCCAAUAUUCCAACAGAAAGUUACUUCUUUAUCUUUAGACAGAACGUGAUGGAUGAAGAUCGCUCUUUCCGAUGGCAUGAAGUGCAUCAAGGUGAUACCAUUGAGAUCUUCAAUGGAAUCGUAACCGGUGGAUUAUGACAUGUUUUUCUCUCUUCCU